GCGUAGCUAGUUACAAAAUGGCGACGUGACACAAUAAAUGUUGAUUUCUGUUAGUUAGUACUUUAUUAACACAGAACUAUUAGUAAAAUGAAAGAAAUAUUGUCGAAGCAAAAUUGAAAACAAAUAAAAUAUGAAAUAGGGCUUAAGUGUCUUAAAAAUAUAUAGACUACCUAUAUUGAAAAGUGCUAUUAUUUCUAUUCUAUUUAUAAAUAAAAUAAGUUGAGGAAGUUUAGUUUAGUCUUAAACUUAAACUUAGUCUUAAUAGGCCUAAAAGAUACAAAUUACAAUGAAUAUGAAUGAUGAAUUUUUGGUCUUGAAAAGCUUGAAUUGAACUUGGUAUCUCAUAAAAACUCCCUUACAUCCCCAUCAGGAUCACUUACCCAUAAUUAGUGUCAUAAAAUAAUAGCUAAUACUAAUAUACAGUAGUAGGCCCAUAAACUAUAAAAUAUAGGCAGGCAUUAAAGUUAAAGUAAAGAAUAAGGAGUUGAAGAAAAUGGAACAAAUAACACAGGAUGAAUUAGAUUUAGAGGAGCCAAAUGAAAGCACUAAUAGGCAUUUGGCUGGAGAUAGUUAUCACCAUGACCAUGUCCAUCUGGAUGAAGAAGCAACUCAUUUGCAAAAUGAAGUCAUUACCCUCAACAAAAUAAAAUAUGAUGAUACAGAAGCUGACAUCAACUAUCAAGAUGAUCCAAUCAAACUACAAUCAGAACCAUAUCAUCUUGUACUUGAUGAAAAUGACAUUAAUAAUAAAUAUAUUGAUGAAAAGUUGGAAGACAUGGCUAGCUUUACAAGUUCUGCUGCUAGCAAAGAAGUAGGAACACAAGAACUGAAAUCUCCCACAAGCAAUAAGUAUGGAAUUGAUGCAGGCAAGUUAAAAAAUAUUUAACUUGUAUUUUUCUUUGCCUAGACCAGAUAUUUAGUGAUGAAGACAUCUAAUGUAAUAUAGCAACCUAUGUCUUUGUAUCAUGUUAUCCAUUUUGGCCAGUGGUUGGAGGUAGUAGUACAAGUAGUAAGUAGGGAAAGUACCCAGGCACUUAAUAUCUCACUAAGCAGAAUACUUAUCAAAAAGCAUAUGAAUCCUAAAGUUUUAAAAUUAAAACCAUAUCAUUUACUUAAUUGUUAAUUUCUCACUUCAAACACCACUUCUUCCGAAUCAAAUAUUUUCUGAAGCCACCUUAGACUAGGCCUGAAAUUAUUUCUAUGUAUUGGGUAUGGAUAGAGAUGUACCUCAAAGCAUUUCAUUUUAAAACACAUGGAUAAGCUGAAGUGUUAUUUAAAAUUGAUUUCUUUUAGCUGACCUGAAGUUCCACAAAUAUUCUAAAAACUUACGAUAAUAUUCAUUUUGCUUUUGUGUUCAACUAUGAAAUUCAACAAAUUAUAAAAAUACAAAAAUAAUUUCUUCUAACCUGAUUACAUUUAAUGAUUUUAUAUAAAAUGAGAUCUCUUAGUAAUUAAAAUUCAAUGGAUGCUGUUUAAAAUAUCUAUUAAAUAUCAUAUUAAAAAUUUAUUCCCAAAUCAAUUGUCCACUAAAGGCAAAAGGGAUGUUCCUGAUAUUACAAGAGAAGAUGAAAGAAAACAAUAUAAUGAAUUCAAAAGCGAUUUACCAGCAACAAAAAGUUACAAGGACAGUGGUAAAUUAACUGCAACUCCCACAGAAAAUAAUGGACCUCAGUCAGUGCUCACUGCUAUCCCUAGAGGUCAAGCUAAAGUCCAGCAAAUAGUUUCAUCUAUCACUCAAGCUAAGAAAAGAAUGGAUGAGCACCCAAUAGUCAAGCCAGCACUUCAUCGAAUACCACCAAAGUUGGUGCGACAGGCAACUGCUAACAAUCAUUCCCCUAGGUAGGUUAAAAUUAUCUAUAAAUUUGGAAUUAUUAAGAGUAGUGUAUCCAAUAACAAUUAACUUUUCUUGUAUACAUUUACAUUUAAUGUCCCUGAUUCUACUGUAUAAACUUUAAAAAAUUUAACAGUGUUUUUAUAUGUCAUUAAAGGCAACAAAAGUCUUACAUGCUGUAGUACUAAAACAAUUAACAAAAAUCAGAAGCUAACUAAAUCAAUUACUGCACAGUUGAUAAUGAUUGCUACUAGAGCCACACUGCUGUUUUUACCUGUUUCAAUUCAUUAGUGCUAGAAAUUUGAAGGGGGAUAGUUAAAACAUCCAAAAGGUUAGCUGGAAACUUGCUUGUUUGUAGAAAAAUUCACCACACCAAUUAUUUAAACUUAAUAUUUAUUUCAGUAAUAGUUCAUAGAAAGUUUAGAUGGUUAGAUUAGUUUUGCCUUUCUCAUAAUGAUGCAGCUAAUCCCAGUUUAAUGUAUUUGGGUGGCAUGGCUGAGCAGUUGAGCUACUUUCUUGAGAGACAAUUUGGAAAUAGAACAUUUUAUGUUUUAAAAAAAGGAAAUUAAAAAAUUACCAUUAAUCAGAUGCAUUCUUAACAAUAAUUAAACAUUUUAAAAUACUGUUACUCAUUUUUCUAUUAUUAUAUUAUUCAGCAUACAUCCAUUUUUAUCCUUGUUAAGUUAAACAUAUUCCUUUCUACAGAUCUUCCAUGGCUAAAGGACCCAGCCUUUAUUACGAAGAACCUAGAAGGCCUUUGAAGGUUAUUUCAUGGGAUGAAGCUACCAAUACUAGGCCCCCAUUGAGAAUUGACAUGGAAGGUCCAGGACCUUGGUCUUAUUCACCUACUAAUAAACCACUUAAUGAGUCAAAUGCUCCUGCUUAUACAUUUGGAUCAAAAUGUUACCCAGAGAAAGGUUUGUGUUUGCAAUGGCAUGAUCUCAAGCUUUAUUUGUUUUCAUGAUUGCUUCCUGAUUUUAUAGGGAUAUGUAUGCAAUGUAUUUUUACAAUCCAUUUAUCUUGUGAUUAAUCCUAUAGUCCUAGUGUUUUUGUUCAUCUUCAUUUUGUUUGUACAAAUAUUUAGUAUUUCUUACCAUGGUAUUUGUUGGUACUGGGUUGCAAUAAUAACAUUGUUUCUCUUGAAAAAGUGUUAGUGAAUUUGAAUCAACCAGGGCCUUUCCAGGCGAUGGGUUAAUUGGGAAUUGACUGGAAUAGACUGGUUAUACCAGUAAGGCAACUAUUUAAUAAAAAAAGUUGAAUUUAGAAUGACCAAUUAAUUUAUAUAUUUUUUAUGAAAACUUGUAAGAGUAAAGUUUUCUUUUUAGCCUGAUGCUAAACUGACAAAAAAGAAAAAGAAAAGCCGUCUCAAAAAAAAUAUAAACAAAAUAAUGAAUCAAUAUAAUUCUCUAGGUAUGAAAGAGUGUAUGGUAUAAUGGUGAGUUCAGUAGCAUGCUAAAUAAAAUUAUUGUUAACUGCGCUAAAUGAGAUUCUUAAAAAUAUCGCAGGUGCCUUGGGUGUGUAAUAUUUUCUCUAGUUUUAUGGAAAUAGUCUCAAUUUAAAUAUUGUGUAAUAAAUCAAGCUUCAACUUCAACAUACCUUCUUCUGCUAUUUCAUGUAAUAAAUCUGCAGUGUAAAAAGUGAUAGGGACAUUAAAAUGUUAAAAUAGUUCAGGGGCGUGAAAUAAAGUGGGUAGUUGCUUACGGGGGGGAAGGGGGCGUUUGGUCAAGCACUAAUUGGGAUUUUUAUUAAGUGCAUUACUUCUUUGUUACUAGGGUGCGUGUUUUGUCAAGACACUUUAGUAUAUGGGAAAUUCACACAUUGCUGCCACCAUUGUUUUGAUGGGCUGUCACUAGUAAUUUGAUAAUUUGAGUUUAAAAUUUAAUUUUGCCCAUGUGAUUCUACAUUUAAAAACUUGUUAUGGCUAAGAUUAGUUGAAAAUAUUUUGAUGUUAAAAAAUUGAAAACUAUUUAAUUUUCCUGAAAAUUUCAGUGGGUGGAGCAAGAACCUCUUGGGCCAAGUCAUGGUUUCAGUCCAACCACUCAUGGCAUAUCAAGGCAGAUUUCCACAGAGAAGGACAUGUUAGUAUUAUAUUUUGUUUGAAAAUCUCUAAAGUAAUAUGGUACAUUCCUAAUUUAAGUCCAUGAAAAGCAACAAUAAAUAUAAGAAUAAACACCACACAUAAAUGGAUAUAGUAUAGGUGUACAAAACUGCAAGCUUCAGUCUUACACAAUGGACUCUUCAAUGUGCCCUUUUAAAUGAAAUUUAUUUUUAAUUGCUGCAUUCCCACCAAAAGAGAAGGUACAAUAUGAAAUCUUAAAAUAGCUGAUUCAAUGAAUUGUGAAAAUGAUUCUUGUACAUUAUUGGAACAUUGAAAGUAAAUGUUUAAAAAAAAAAUCUAUUUAGAUAAUUUUACAAAUUCUUAUAAAGGCUACAAGGUAUGGUUUAGAUUGAAUGAAGAUGAAAAAAAAAAUUAUCUUGGAUAAAAGCUUUUAUCAGUGGACAGAAUGUUUGAAUAGAUAAGGAUAAAACAAGUAAAAACGAUGAUAGAGAAAUAAUCUAAACAGGAUAGAGUUAUCCCACUCAGAUAGGUUUACACCAUGAAAAAUAGCUAAAUAUUUUAUCACUAGACUUAAAUAUUUAACAUGUUCCCAGUGGCCAACACCGAAUCAGUACCACAAAGGUUCUCUAAUGGGACCAAGACAAAGGACUAUGCCUGAAGCCCCAGCAUUCACAUUUGGUCAUAAAUUUCAGCUCUCAAGUCCGAGAUCAGGUUUGUUUAGGCUAAAAAUUAAGUUGUCAGUAACAAAAGCUUAAGUUAACCAUAUAAUUCUGGCAAGGAGUAAAGCGUGCAGCACUUGACAGUAAUAUGAUGCCAUGCUAAAAAAAAAAGACCUUUAAUAAUACAGUGCUUUUGAAACCUUUAGUUGUAACAGACCAGAAUGAAUUUAUACACAAUUCAGAAGAAUAAGUGACUCGAUAAAUGAUUCUUGAAUUUUCUUUUUUCAUUAACAUUUUCAAAUUCAGCAUGAAAUCUAAUGGACAAGCUCUGGUCCUCAGACCAUCAUUUUGAGAAGCACUGCUUUAAAUUAUCUAUUGAAUAUUGCCAAUGGUUUGUUGAAUUUUUUGUUUGGGCUAUUGAACUUUUCCAAAGUAAGUUUUCAUAAAUUAUUAUCCAGGUCAUGUUGACCCAUCUCCAAGCGAUUACCAAAGAGAAAUGGCCGAUAGACUGGUGCUGAAAACUGGGCCUUCCUUUACGCAUCAGUUUAGAAGAGAUGGAACUAUUUUGUGGGGAUCUUGUGGUUAGUUGGUUAAUAUAGUGUCCACUUGGUUACUGUCUUUGGCUUAUGAUAAGCCCUGUUAAAAAAUGUUUGUUUUUAAGCAUGCCAAAGGACCCAUGCCUAGAUUGCUACUGGAUCAGAAUGAUGAUGAUGCUCCUUUUAAAUCUUAAAUAAAAUCCUUUCUUUGAUAAAAAUCAGUUUUUUUACUGUUUACAAACUCUUCAAGUAGUUUCUAAUUUACUAAACAUGUUUUUAUUUUGAAUUUAUUGAUAUAGUAAUUCUGUUUAAUGUCAUAAAUUUUAACAUAUGCAUAAAUUAUUUUUUCAAGUUGUUUUAAUAAAAAAAAUUGAAAGCUGAAAAAUAUAUUUUUGGCCACUCCUUUUUGUGUAGAGCCCAGUCCAGGCCCUGCAGCAUACUACCCUACGAUCAGACCUCGUACACAAAAUCCAGCAUACACUAUUCAAGGGAUCCGGAGAGAGAAGUCUCAAAUGCUUGGUCCUUUCUCUACCAUAUAGGUGAAUGUGGUAAAUUCCAAUAGAGAUGAACCACUCUACCUAAUGAAUGAAUACAUCACUGAAAGUGUAUUUUUUUGUUGAUUUGUUUAUUUAACAAGACUCUCCAACUUACUUCUGCCAGUGGCAGUCACUCGUUUCUCUGGUUGUUUGCCAUAGUAAAUAAACUAUUUAUUUUGUGGUGCACAUAUUUCAUUUUGCAGAUGUAAUAGUGUCAUAAUUUAUUUAACCGGGACUAUAAGUCACACAUAAAUAUUAUGUUACCAUUGGCUUUAAAUAUAUGAACAGGAAGGAACAUAAUGUUAUUUAUCAGAUUACUCAGAUUACAAAUGACAGUUUUAUUUCUUUAAGAUUCCAUACACGCCAAGAGAUAAAACAUAUUAUAUACAUAACAGGAAUGGUAAAAAUAGACAACAAGACAACAGUCUCCAAUGCUUUCAAAAUCUGUUAAAUUUUCUUAUAUUGUCAAUCUAUUACUUCAUUAUUUUGUGUUUUUAAAAAGAAGAAAUUACUGUAAUGUAAUUUUAACUUUCUAUGACUACCGGUAUUCAAAGCGGUCGAACAUAGUCAACUUUACUUAAAAGAAAACAUGAACAAUGAGAAUUUUGAUGUCCUUAAUUGGUCGUUUUUUUUAUAUACCAGUAAAUAGAAUAUAUACUCUGCAUGACAUAACAUGCUUGAGUUGGAUUGAUUAGAAUAAACCCACUAACACAUUUGUCAAUAAGUGAAUCAAGAUACAUCAACUGUCUCUGUUGAAUUUUUUAUGUGAUAUUGCCUUUUUACCACUUCUUUCACAAUAUGCACCAGUGUAUUCAUUUAUUAUCUUAAAAAAUCAGAUUACUUUCAAUGAUUGAAUGCCCAGCUUAUCAUACAUUUUCCAAUAUUUUUUUUAAAAAUUAAGUGAUUAGAAUGCCUUAAAAAAAUCAUUAUAUUUAAUUAUGGUCUGCUUGGAUAACAUUGAUACAAUACAUUUGCUAACAGUAAUUCACUUCUUUCAUGAAUCUUUGCCAUUUUUGUCAGUUAAACAAAAAUGAGACAUUAUUAUUUUAAGUUUAUCCAUUAAUAAGGCCUAACCAUUAAAUUAACAGAUUUUGAAGUAUAGUGAUUUAUGAAAAUCAAAGUUAUGGAGCUUUAUAUAACACAGUACUUCUGAAUUUGUUAAAACAAGUCUUAAAAGCAAUGAGUCUUAUUUAAAAUUCAGUAGUUAUAUAUGAAUAUAAUUUUAUUUUGAUGAUAUAAUUUCAUAAAUUGUAAUUUUUUUUUUAAAAAUCCUCAGAUUGACUUUAUGUUUAAAUAACUACAUUAUUUUUUUAAAGUGACACCUGGAAAUUUUUUGUAUAUAAGAUACUACUUUUUUGCAUAAGUUUUAAACUGUUUCUUUUUUUUAUUCACAGGUUGGAUUUUGUUUUUUACAAAUUGUAUUCCAUUUUAUGCAUAGUACAAAGGGUAACGCUCAUAUUUGCUCAACACUAAAAGUAUUAUUGUUUUUUAUGACAUUUGACUGUGAUAUUUUUUAAAA